ACGGUCAAAGGGAAAGGAAGAAGAGGAAUUAUUCCUUAUAUCCGUUUGUUUUUCAUAUUACAUCCGACUAACGGAUGGAAGUUCUUAGCUAGAGUUAUAGAAGGCAUAAGGCGAAAUGUCAGUGCGUAAACUGUAAAAAGUCUAUUCAGAGAACGGGAAGAUAGACUGCAUAUAUCAAAACACGGAUACAAACUGUUAUUCACUUUUGCCACAGUAUGUUUGCAAACAUAUAAAUUGCAGUAAUUCUCAUACACAAAAAUGUGAUUUGAUAAAAGCUUUGGAACCCUAAAUAUCCGAAGCCUUUAUGAGAAGCCUCACCAAAGAAAAAUGUGUACUAUAGCUGUGUUUCGACGCGUCUCUGGCGUAGUGCUAACGCAAGUGUGGCUCCUCCUUCUCCAGGGAGCUCUGCAAGAACUCAGUCCUCUCAGUGUCGGUAAAGCUCGGUGCGAAAAAACUUUUCCGUACUACGGUUCCGGUGAUGGCAGAAAUGACAUUAAUAUUGUGGAUGAUUCUGAGUACUCCGGUUCCGGUGAUGGCAGAAGUGACAUUAACAUUGUGGAUGAUUCUGAGUACUCCGGUUCCGGUGAUGGCAGAAGUGACCUUAAUAUUGUGGAUGAUUCUGAGGUUGACAUGGAAGAGGACUACAGACUCCUCAUUCCCGCGUUUGAGGGUUCUGGAGAUGAUUAUUUAGACAACACCCCACCUCCUCCACUUCCACCUCCUCCACCAGGCUAUCCAGUACCAGGCGUAAAGGGAGAGAAAGGAGAACCAGGCAUGAAAGGAUCGCCAGGCGAGGCUGAUGUCGGACCUCCUGGCCCCCCUGGUCUUCCAGGGCCCCCUGGUAUACCGGGGCGAUCAUAUCUGGAUUGGCCGGAACUUGGAUCUGGUGGUGGCAACGAACUUACGCGAACAUGUUUUUGCAAUAUUUCUUCCGUGACUGCGCUAGUCCGGGAACAGCUGUUCAAAAGGCCGGAAUACGCAAACGAACGAGGAAGCAAGGGAGAUAAAGGAGAUCAAGGGCCUCCUGGCCCGGCCGGACUGCAAGGUGAAAAGGGUGAACCAGGAAAGGAUGGACCGCGUGGCCUUCCUGGGGAGAGGGGUCCGCGGGGUCCCGCAGGACCACCAGGGAUAUUUUAUUCACCAGAAAAAGGAGAAGAAGAUUUCCCUGAGUUUUUACCAGAAACUGCAACCAAGAAGCCUGAGAAGGGUUCCGUUGACCCUGAAGGUUGUAUAGGCGUUUCCGAUGACAAUGGAAUGAAAGGGGUUGACGGGGAAAAAGGUGACAAAGGAGAAAAAGGGCUGCUGGGCGUGCCAGGUCUUAAAGGGUUUCAGGGUGAGCCAGGGAUCCCAGGCAUGAUUGGCGCUCCGGGUCCGCCAGGACCUGCUGGAAAUCAAGGUGUUCGUGGUGAAAAAGGUAACAAAGGUCUGCCGGGAAUAGGGGUGCCAGGAACCCCAGGAACCCCAGGAGGUCUUACCGAAGAAGAACGAAGAAUCGUAAUAGAUGAGCUGUUGGGAUUGCUCGAGGGUGAGAACAGCGGUCUCAGCUUUAACGUGUUUGAGAGUUCUGGACAUUUCCCUUGGUUUGGAGAAGCUGAUCCCAGGCUAACGGGGCCACCAGGACCUAAGGGCAAUCAGGGACCUAAGGGACCUAGAGGACUACCAGGAAAUAUUGGUCCUUCUGGUUCUCCUGGUAAAGAUGGUUUUCCUGGAUCCGUGGGGCCGCCAGGAGAACCAGGUCUUCCCGGGGCGAAAGGUGAUACAGGGUCAGUCGGUACGAAGGGUGACCGCGGUCAUUCUGGGCCACCAGGAGUCCCAGGACCUAUUACUACCCUUAUACAGCCUGAUGGAACAAACAUCACACUUGUCAAGGGUGAAAAGGGCGAACGUGGAAUGAGGGGCAGGCGAGGUCAUCCUGGGUCGUCUGGCCUGUCAGGGCCGAUCGGCGACCUUGGUCUACCGGGUUGGCCGGGUUCUCCUGGUAGACCAGGCCCUCGAGGGCUCCCGGGUUCUGGCAUUAAAGGCGAGGCAGGAACCCCAGGUCUACCCGGACCCCCUGGCCCUCCAGGCCCUCCAGGUUCAUCAGGUCGUACAAAGGGAUUCGACAGCGGUCAUUCAGAUACAUUUUCCGACUUAGCAGUGAGCUAUAAUGCACGGGAGCGGCAAGGACCGCCUGGCCCACCGGGACCUCCUGGACCUCCAGGUCAGGUCAUAGGUGGCCGAAUGUACACUUCGAUUCCAGGACCCCCUGGGCCCCCUGGACCACCUGGGCCGGCGGGCUUACCAGGUUGGCCUGUUAGGAGUCAAGGGCAGUUCGAGGAACACUCAGGCAUCGAUGACGGGAGACAAGUGCCUUAUAUAUCUGGCAGCAUCGGCAAAACCAAUCCUGAACAAGGUUCCUAUGGCCCUUCUUGGAGAUCAAGAGAUAACAUUAAUGAAGAGUUAAACGUGAAAAAGAUAACUGAAGGCUUUGUAACAGCAACAAACAAGCAGGCAAUGUUAAAGAUUAGUGAAGUUUCUCCGCCGGGCACACUUGUGUUUUUGACAGAUGAGGAAGCUUUGCUUGUUAGAAUUGUUAGCGGGUGGCGGUAUGUCUCUUUUCAGUUAGGAUUAGUCGUGGCGCCGACGCUCGCGUCACUCUAUAACACGGAAACCUUCAAGACUUCAAUUCCGGAAUAUAAUCUUCCUUUUCGAACUCCACUCGCUCCGCACAGGGUUCAACUUUCCAAUGCCCUACAAGUAUAUUUGGCACGGGUCGCACGUCGCCGGCGAACGGUCCCACACAGCGUAUUGUAAAGCUUGGAACACAGAUUCACGGACGGCUUUUGGAUUAGCAUCAUCUCUCCUCAACAGCAGUCUAUUAGGACAGGAGCAGUUACGAUGCAACAUUUCCCUUGCUGUUCUUUGUAUUGAGGCAAUAAGUCAGCGUAAACAUUUCACAAAGCAAGAUGACUAGACCUUUAUCCAAUGAUGAAAUAUUAAUGAGAAUGAUGAAACGAACGAAAAAGGAUGAGGUGUAUUUGUUUAUGUAUAUACAUACAUAUAUGUGUGCGUGCGUGUCAGUCUCUCUCUCUCUCUCUCUAUCUCUCUCUCUCUCUCUCUCUCUCUCUCUCUCUCUCUCUAUAUAUAUAUAUAUAUAUAUAUAUAUAUAUAUUAUAUAUAUAUAUAUAUAUAUAUAUAUAUAUAUAUAUAUAUAUAUAUAUAUAUCUGUCUUCCAAUGAAUUAAUUAUAAUACAGGCUGUUAGCAUUAGCAAUGUACAGGUCACCAACACCAUCCAAACUGAUGGCUGUGACAACCACACACACAAAAACACACACACACAGAUAUAUAUUAAAUAUACAUAUGCAAAUGUAUUUAUAUUCAUAUUUGUAUAUAUAUUUAUAUAUAUAAAUAUACAUAUAGACAUAUACAAUCUC